CCCAGAGGCCUCUGCCCGACAGUGGUAACGGCACAGUGGAGGGUCGUGGUCUUUCCCCGUUUCGCCUUAGAGCCUUCGACUUCUGGCUCCGCCUCUGUGCGCAGAGUGACUCGCCGGCCAGCCGCGCCGGGUUCGAUCAGUAAGGAGGUCCUGCCUAUCCAGUGAGUGCUACACAUCUGUCUGAAGUGGGACACAAGCAAGAUUGCUCAAGAGGUGCCCAGUGUAAUACUAGCAGUCUGAAAUCUUCAGCUUGGAUGCAAAACACUCGUUUCUCAUCUAAGAUUUCACCAUCACUAAUUUUGGGAUUUGACUGAAAAAAAAAAAAUAGAAAAGAUGGACUGGAAUGUAAGACCACUCCAGAAUGCUGUUGCGAAGAACCCCCAAAGUCAAGAUGGAUGUUACUCUCAUUUGCUUUCUAAUGCACAUACUUUUCCUGAGAGAAAUUCCUAUUCCUCUGCUAAUGCAUGCACUUAUCCUGGGAAUAACCAAACGAUGUAUGUGCCAACUAGCAAUACUGCCUUCAGUCUUGUAAAUGUUGGAGGAUUCAAAACUUCAGAUCAGGCCUUACCAGGAACAUCUGUAUCUGGUAAUGAUUAUGAUGUUUUUAUCUCAAAGCACUCAGCCGAUCGACCUCGACAGUCCUAUGUACCAAUAGCUCCAAAACCUCCCAAAUGGACAUCACAUUUGCAAGCAGAGAUAACUCAGACUUCUUGGCCAGCAUCUAAUGCCUACAUGUAUUCUCAUAGAAAUUUACCUCCGUUGUCUUCUCAAAGCAGCACUGGAAGUAACGUGAGGAGCGUACAUCAAGAUCCUCAGUAUGCUACCACCAAUGGUUACGCUGGGUGGCCGCAAAUACCACAGCCUAAUUCAAUGAGAACUACAUCAUUAUAUCAAAGUACCAUUCAUUCCCAGAGUACUUCUGCAUCUCUUGGUAUGUCUGGGCAACUUGUCCAAAACCAGACAUAUCAUCCUAAUGCUCAGUUUCAAGUUUUACACUCACUGAAUCAAAAUACUGAAGCAAAUGUACAGCGGGCACAAUAUCAGCCAAGCCCAGUGGGAUCAGAAGCUCCUAGUGGAUGUUCGGCACCAUCUCUGUUGCCUGCCAACUGUGAUUCCAGAGCUGCAGCACAGUCUUCAAUAGAGGUAUCACAUGCAGUUCAAAGUGUGCCUAGUAGAUACACUUUUAGCCAACAGAGGUACUCAUCAGAUCAAAAAAAUGUGUCUGGUUUUAAUAGUGUUCAGCAACAAUUUCAGAAACAACUGUCUGGAGGAGUCGGUCAAUCAGUUGGGACUGUCUGUAAAUCAAGUGGAAGUGUGACUGCAAGUCAUCCUCUUAGUGAAAUGUCAGUGCCAUCUCCUGACAUUUACAAAGAACUGUAUAGUAUUCUAAACAAAAUGGAAACUCUUUCUUCAGUGGCUGCUUCAAAGCAACUGAGUGAUCCUGCUUCAGGUCAAGAAAGUUUGAAGACCGAGUCUGUUAAUUCUCAAAUUUCUUCAGCGGGAGUAGAAGGCAGAACAAAUGCAGGAGACAGACUAGCUUGGGAAUCUCAAAAGCUGCUUGCUAUGAAAAAAAGAAGCUUCCUGCUUGAAAAGAUGGAUCAUUUUAGAAGAAGACUCUUAGCAGCUUCAGAAUAUGAUGAAGGUACUCUCCCCGCUCCUCCAAGUUACCAAGAUACUGUCUCUCAUCAUCUGUGUGCACCCAACCAAAAUGUACUAGCUUCAUCUGAAACAGUGAGGAUAGGUAGUCCAAAAAGUAAUUCUUUAUCUGAAGAAAGAAGGGACAAAAACGUAGUCACUGUUGACAACAGAAGAUUAGAGGUGACUCAAAGUAACCAUUGGGGGGAGCAGGGAAGCCUUUCAUCAACCGCUGCUCCUGUUCCCUCUCAGAGCAAACGCCCUGCUCCAUUAAAGAAUCCUGAGAGCACUCCUGUCUCAGCACAAAGGGGUGCAGAUGCCGUGGCCUCCUCUGAAACUGUGACAUCCUUGAAUAAUGCUUCAUCUUUUAGUCAAGUGAGUAGCUCUAUUAAAACUGCGUCAAAGAAUGUGCCAUCAUACCCUGAGAACUCAUCCUUUCUUCAGUUUGUACUGAGCAGCACGAAUAUAUUGAAAGAGAAGACAGCUGGUGCUACCGCUGAUAAAAUACUGACCAAUCUCUUGUGUAAUGAAAAAACACUUGUAGACACAUCUGCUUCAGAUGGAAACUUACUAAAGGACACUAACAAGAAAAACACAGGAAGUUUGAAAGGUGAGCAGGCAUUUGUGGUUCACACAAACGGUCCUGUAUCAGAAACAACCGGUUCUGGUGAAGCUGAAUUUCAGAGUAAUGUAGCUCAGAAAAAAAAGACGCUUACUGAAAAUACAUCUUUUAAACAGAACAGUCAUAGUGUGGAAGAGGUAACUGUAUGCCUGGGCUUGUGGAAAAAGGGUCCUUCAGAAGCUGCAAAGGUCCAAAAAAGCCAAUCAAACGAAAGCCCCGCAGCAAAUCGGGUUUCACUUUAUAACCAAAACACAAAAAAUAGAGAACAAAAUGUUGGUUUGGUUAAUAGAAAUACAGAUGAAGCAGUUUUGCCUGUAGCAGCUGCUUCUGCAGGACAAAAACUCGAUACAUUGGGUUGUAAUUUGAUAAAAAGUAUUGAACUUCAGGUUGCAGUUGUCUCUCCUUUAGUACUUGCUAAAAAGAGAACGUGGAGCGAGCAGGCGGACAAAUGCCCAACAUCUGCAGCUAAAACCUAUCCAGUAAUUGACUUGGAGAGCACAUGUAGCUUGCAAGAAGAGGGGGAAAAUGAUGUAAGUGUGGUAAAUGCUGAUAAAGAAACAGUAGAAAUUGUUGACUUGUCACCUAGUGAUUGUGUUCUAGUAGAGAAAGAGGACUCAGAUCUGCAGCAGACCAAGUUAGCUGAUGGAAACACGUUGCAGAAAAACAGCGUGAGCGCAAAUGAUUCACGUGAUGAAAACCGAAAGAAACGUAGUCAACCUGCACAAGAUACCAGUGAAAAUCUGCAGCAGGGAUUACAAAACAAGCCUUCUCUUCCUGAAUUUGGCCCAAAUUUUUCUAGUCAAAUCUUUCAAGAAGGUGUAAGAGGCAAUAAAGACAAACAAGCUUUGUUAGAGACAGAAGAUACAUCCACAGUUGUGAAUGCAGAACAGAUGCUUUGUAUUUCUAGUGUGUGUUCUCUUGUUGAAGGUGAUAGGUUUUAUAAUCCACAAAUAGCAAGUAUCUUCAGGUCAGAUUCUGAGACACAGGCAUUAAAUGGUAGCUCAUCAGAAGAAAAUGCAUCUGAACCAAGGCAAAAGAAACAACGGCUGGACUUGUAUAAAAAUAAGCUGAGUAAUAACACUCCCCAAAGAGAGACCUUGUUGCAAAAGAUGCUGGGAGAAUCAUCAAGCUGCACUAGUAAAGCACGUACGAAUUGGAAUGGUACCACAAUCAGUCACUUGGAGAAAGAAAACAGUGGUAGUCUUACUGAAAAGGUUUCUGCCACAGAAGAGAAAAUAUUACCCAAUUUAUCUAUCAAGCAUCCUGAAAAUGACCUGGAAAUUCCUGCUAGUGUGAACCAGCAGUCGGCUCAAAAUUCACCAGAUUCAUCAAUCAGUGUGACUGCUGAAACAGACUUGUCAACUGUUCCAAGAGAUAUUAGUAAACAAAACGAUGUGCUCAGUAAACAAAGUGACAUGCCCAGUAAAAAUAGCACAGAAAAAGAGGUAAUCUUUUGUGAUGCAGAACCUCUAAAAUGUCUAAACAAUCAGUUGUCUGAACUGAUGCAUUGGUUUCCAUAUGGCAUUGAAAGUGCUAAUUUGCGACCAAAAGAACCAGUACGGAACAAUUCUGUGACUGGCUGGGUAGAGACUCAACCUCAGAAGGAGACUCAAACUUGUGAUAAAAAUACUCCUUUGAAGGACCCAGUAGAUGAGAUCAAAAUCAAAGUGUUAAGCUCUGAUCAGAUACAAGAACUGUUUCCUGAACACAACCGGUGUUCCUCUGAUGACAGCAGGAGAACAGCAAGUCAACAGUCAGAAAAGGUGUCAGCUGAGGAGGAAAACGCUGAAGGCAGUGUUCAUCCUGGUCAGAGUCUGUGUGAGAGUGAAAAAAAAACACCAAAAACUCCCAACCCCAUAAAAGAGGAAAAGGAUCAUUCUUCAGUGAGUUUAUCUGUACCAUGUAAAAUACCACAGGACCCCUGUAAACUUGGAAUAUCCGAUUCAGAAAAAAAUGAUGAUCAGCUUUCAAAAGCUGAACAUACUAGCUGUACAGAGAGCCAGUUGAACGACAGUAAAUCUGAUGAUCUAGUGAAAAACGAAUGUGCAGUUGAAAAACUUCACGUUUCUGAAAGGGUCCCAAACAGCAUUAGCACAAAUGAAGAAGAUAUUUCUAAAUGUACCUCUGUAAUGUGUGAAAAUGCUGAGCUAAAGGCGAGUAAUGAAUGCAAAGAGCAUGUAACACAACAGGAAAGAAUUGGGCCACCUAAUUCCUCUGAAAACCAGGAUGCUGAUGAAUCUAAAAGCAGCAACUUGAAGGAAGAACUACAGAUCAGUGGAGGAAAUCCAUUGUUAGACAAAGAACUUUGUUCUGACAAAAAGGAAGAGGAAGUUUUCAAACCAGAGUUGUUUGCAAAAGAUGAAACCAAACCAGAUUUGGCCAUGAAAUCCGAGCCAGACAUCCAUGAAUGUACGAAGUCAGAAACUGUUGAAAUUAAGCAUGCUGAAGUUGAUCAAGGACAAAAAAUUAACACUUGUGAAAAGUACUCAGGUGAAGGACAAGACUGUAGGAAGCAAAAGGAGAUACUUGAUCAAGAUGUAGAAAUUAACAUCAGAAGUAAUGCCAACUUAACAGAGGUAAACCAUAAAAACUCUAAUAGUUAUGGUACUGAUGCUAUAAACUUCCCAAAUUGUAGCACUGUAGACUUUAAGUCAAGGAACCCCAAAUAUUUGCAUCAUAAAUCUGUGAAAGUUCAUCCUUCACAAGAACAGUCAUACAAACGGAAGAGGAACGGAAAUGUGAUUGGCAAGAGAGACCCUAAGAAAAUAAAGGUGGAAGAAGCAAGACUGAAACAUCUGGAAGCAAAAAAUUCCAAGCAUUUUUCACACCCUUGCAUGAUAAAUACUGACAAAGCUAAAAAGCUGAACAGAGAAAAAGGCUGCAAAAGGAAGAGUUCAUUAGCAGAUCGCUCUCUGCUUAAACUGCAUAAAAAAGGGCCUCAAUCUUCUACCGUCUCUAAAAGCUACUUCUCUAGCAAAGACAAAUGUCUUGAUAUUCAAAACCAAGACAACUGCUCUGAGAAAAUGUUUCCUGAUAAAAACCUGCUAUACUUAAAUAGAAGAAACAACAGAUUAAAAUUGCAUGUUCAAAAGGAACCAAAAAUACAGUACCUGAACAGAGUUGCAUUUAAACGCACAUCCCAGGAACGCAUAUAUCUGACAAAACUAGAGACAUCACCUGUCAGACAUGUCCGGCAUGCAAAGCCCAGAGCAUCCAAGAACAACACAGAGGCAAAACGAGACACUUCUGUCUCAGAAGUUAAAGCACACAGACUGGAUGUGCUAGAAUUCAAGCUGUGUCCAGAGAUACUGUUCAGAAAUCCAGCUGCUGAUGAAGAAAUCUCAGCUGCAAAUAAUUCCGUGGAAAGAGAGAAAACUGUUGUGGCAGGUGUCAAGAGUAAAAAAGAAGAUUGGUUAAAAUGUGAUGCAGUGAAGCAAAAAAAGCUGGAAGGAAUCUUUACAGAUGAGGACUGUAUUCCACUUGAUACAGCUAUAAAGCUUCUGGAUGGAGAUGGUGAGGCCCUUCACAUUCCAGUGAAAGACUCAAAAGAGGUGUUUCAGACCUACCGGAAAAUGUAUCUGGAAAAAAAGACUCAAAAGCCUUGAUAGCACUCCUAUAUCAUAGGUUUCACUCAGUAUCACUGGGGAAAAAAUGCCAGCACUAAAAUGCUUUUCUUCUUCCUUCAUAUUUCUGAAUUAUUGUAAAUAGAUGUAUGUAAUUUUUGUUUGGGUGUUGGCAUUGUUCCCCUCUCGUAUCUGUGAACGAUUGAGAUUGUGUUCUGUGUUUUCGCAAAACCAUGCUUUGAUGCUGAAAAUGGCAUUGUUCAGUUACUGUUUCUUUUUGCUAUAUUGGAAUUUUUGUGGCUUUUUUGGUUUUGCUUGUUUGGUUGUUUUUUGUUGUUGUUGUUGUUUUGUUAUUUCGGUUUUAUGAUACGGGAGUUAGCUGAAUCUUGACCACAAUGACCUCAAACUCCUUUAAACUGUCAUAGUUGUGGUUUGUUUUCUGAUUAUGAAACAUUUCGAUUCGUGAUACUUUCCAUUGCUGGCAGUGGAAAAACUUUCCUACUGGAAAGGAAUUGCAGUAGAUUCCCAAGCAUUACACCUUUAUGCUGAUCUCCUUGUUGUGUUUCUUAAAAGGUUUUCUAUUUUUGUAGAAACUUCUUUUUUUUUUAAGAAAAGGGGUAGUGAAAACAUAAAAAUCUUGGGAUUAGACACACAAAUCAGUGGAUACCAUGAAGUAUUUCUCCUACUACCCAAUUUCCUUACAUUGCUUUUCGUGGAACUUGUGAGUUUUUAAUCUGAACAUAAUGCUGUAAACUGAUAGUUGACUGAAGAGUUCUUUAGUUUUCCUCUCUCUUUGCUUUCUUCACACUAGAAAGGUGUGAUUGUUGAAGUUCAAAGAGUUUGAACUAGCUCGUGUCCAGAUUAUGUUUCUUGCUUUUUAACUAGGCUGUAAUUAGUAUCUUCUGUUUAUAAAGUGUUAGAUAAUAUUUGCCUCUGUGUUCACUGUGGUGUAAGAGUUCUCUUUGUUGCUGAAUAUCUUCCAUUCAAGUGCCUUUUCAUUAUUGUUUGGAAUUUUGAAACGAGUAAUUUUUUUUUUCCUUCACAAAGUUCAUACUUGAUUAUACCUGUUUAAACCUUUAUACUGAAAGUACAAAAUGUAGAUAUUUCAUGGAAUGGUUUUUAUACUAGAAAUAAACUUCUGAAGGCUAUGCCUUGUCUCUUGA